AACAAAUGUUAGAGAGAGAGAGGGGUUCGAAUUCUUGAUCUGAUCACCGAUACUGAGGAGGUGGGUUCUAACUUCUAAUUCAGCACCUUCUUACAGAACAUCCACCGGUUCGAUUCGAUUCGAUUUCUACAAAUGUUUUCGACAAUCCCACGAAUUCUGUACACAAACAAUCUCCUCCUCCACACAGCUUUCGCAAUCUCUCUCUCACUCCUCCUCCCCCUCAUAAAGAUCCCACUUUUAUUCCUCCACGGCCACCACACCUACAUCCACCCCGACGACGUCAAUCCCGGCGGCGGCGCCGCCUCCGCCGGAGGAGUCCGCGCCGCCAUAAGGCGUCCAUCCGCGGCGGAUUCCGACAACCCCAAACCCAGAAAAAAAUCGAAGGAAAAAUUCGAGUUCGACGAGAGCAAAGCUCAGAUCUUCCGAUUGAAACUCAGCGAAGGACAUCUCCAAUCCAGAAUUUAUUUCAAAGAAUUUUACAGCUUUAUUAAUUCCUCUCUGAUCGCACUGUCGUCUUUAUUGCUUCAUAGAUUCUUGCAAAAGGACGAUGAGAGGUCCGUCGGAGUUCUCGAAAAUGGGGCAAUAAUCCCUCUUUUGCUGGGAUUGGUAAGCCUUUUUCGAACGUUGUUUUUGAUUAUUAAGGUUGGAUUCGAACGAUCUGCUUCGAAGAAAUUGGAGAAGCAAUUGAGCUUUGUGUUUGGGGUUUUAGGGUUUUUUUUAGGGUUAUGCGUAGUUGUUGGGGUUUUCCCAAAUUGGAUUCUUGAAUUUAGAUUCGAUUCCUACGAUGUUCUUACAAGAAUUUGUGUUGCUGUUUUUAUGGGGUGCAUUGUUGGUUAUCUCUACAUUCCAUCUUUGAGAAAUGCAAGAGCUUUUUGGGUCGGAACCGAUCAAAUUCGAUGUAAUUUGUCGAUAAUUUCGAGCGGAUUGCUGUCGAAAACGGUCGUUUAUGCUGCAUUUGUCGCGCCCGUAUUCGUAUCAUUGCUUUGGAUUUCUCCGUUUUCCGAAUUGCUUGUCGCCGGUGAUGAUCGAAAAUUCGGAUUGGUUGGAUCAAGAUUGGAUUUUUAUGCAUUUAGGGAUCGGUGUUUGUUGGUCGCGGCAUUGUUGCAGCUUCUCGCUGCGCGCCCGAAUGUUCAGACGUUUUUGAACGAGGCCGUGCUUUGUUGGUACCAACGGCUGCACGGUGGGAGGGUUCCGGAAUUGGAUUAUAGCCGGGCGAAGGUUUUUCUGCACAACCAUUAUUUGUGUCUCGUCGCAGUGCAAUUUGUGGCGCCUCCGGUCGUGGUUGUUCUUCUACUUGCCCUGUCGCAGCUCGAAGAUCGGUUUGGCGAAGGUGUUCGUGGUGUUUUUCCGUAUUCCGUUUUGGCUAGGGAUGUCACUGUGUUUGUGUCGUGGUGGAUUGUGUUUGUCUCGGCUGUGUUUAGCUCGGCCACUGUCGGUUUUUAUCGUCGCGGUUCGAUGUAUGUUUCUUGAUUCACUUCUUAUUUUUUUGGACAUUUGGGCAUUUUUUUGGUGUUGGAAAGAAUCUAACCACAUUUUAUAGCUUUGUUUUAA